GCGCGAGGAGCGUGCGCGCUCAUGUAGGCGGCGACGGUAGCGGCGAGCGGCGGCGUCAGCUCCUGGAAGGGGGGGUAAGGCUGACGGCUUUGGUAGGGUGGCGGCGGCGGCGGCGGGGGCGCCUUCGUGUUGGGCCCGUGCCCUUUCGGUUGCGGGAGCCGGGCGGAGUGGGAGCGAACGCGAGUCGGGAGCGGGGGCCGCUGUUUUCUCUCGGACAUCGAAGGAAGGACGAGCCGCCACCCGGACUCUUUUCCUUUAGCCCAGCCCCCCGCCCCUUCACUGCGUUGCUGGAGGAAGCGGCCGCGGCGGCAUCGUCUGAGGCCGUGCUACCCACCGCCCCCUAUCCCCGAGAGGUCUGGCCGCGCUCCAGCGCUCCCUGCACCCCACCGAAUCGCUAGCUCGCUCGCUCUCUACGCCGCAGCCGCCAUGUCCGCGCACGCCCAGAUGCGUGCUAUGCUGGACCAGCUGAUGGGCACCUCCCGGGACGGAGACACCACCCGGCAGCGAAUCAAAUUCAGCGAUGACAGAGUGUGCAAGAGUCACCUUCUCAACUGCUGUCCUCAUGAUGUUCUCUCUGGAACUAGGAUGGAUCUUGGAGAAUGUCUGAAGGUCCACGACCUGGCUUUGAGAGCAGAUUAUGAAAUCGCAUCCAAAGAACAAGACUUUUUCUUUGAGCUUGAUGCAAUGGAUCAUUUGCAGUCAUUCAUUGCAGACUGUGACCGGAGAACAGAAGUGGCCAAGAAAAGACUAGCAGAAACCCAAGAAGAGAUUAGUGCUGAAGUAGCCGCUAAAGCUGAACGUGUCCAUGAACUUAAUGAGGAAAUUGGUAAAUUACUAGCCAAAGUAGAGCAACUAGGAGCUGAAGGUAAUGUGGAGGAAUCCCAGAAAGUAAUGGAUGAAGUGGAAAAAGCCCGAGCAAAGAAAAGAGAGGCAGAGGAAGUCUACCGGAAUUCCAUGCCAGCCUCCAGCUUCCAACAACAGAAACUUCGGGUCUGUGAAGUAUGUUCUGCUUAUUUGGGUCUUCAUGACAAUGACAGGCGACUAGCUGAUCAUUUUGGGGGGAAACUACAUCUGGGAUUUAUUGAAAUAAGAGAGAAACUUCAAGAGUUAAAGAGAGUUGUAGCUGAGAAGCAAGAGAAAAGAAAUCAGGAACGCCUGAAGCGCAGAGAAGAAAGAGAGAGAGAAGAAAGGGAGAAGUUGAGAAGGUCCCGAUCCCAUAGCAAGAAUCCUAAAAGAUCCAGGUCCCGAGAGCAUCGUAGACAUCAAUCUCGCUCCACUUCACAAGAACGGAAGAGAACUAGAUCCAAGUCCCACGAGAAACGGCAUCGUCACAGGUCACGUUCCAGCAGCCGCAGCCACCAGAGAAGUCGGCAUAGCUCCAGAGACCGGAGCAGAGAGCAAUCCAAAAGAAGAUCCUCAAAAGAAAGGUCUUCUGGAGAUAAAGAGAGGUCGUUUCGAGACCACGACCUAGCAUCACGUGACAAAGACAGGAGUUCAAGGUCACCCCGUGACAGAGAGAGAAAAGACAAGAAACGUUCCUAUGAGAGUGCUAAUGGCCGUUCGGAAGACAGGAGGAGCUCUGAAGAGCCUGAGGCUGGGGAGAUUUAACAGGCUAUACAUUUCCUCAAUCCUUAUGCUUCCUAUGGAGUUACAUACUCUUGUUUAGUUUACAGCUGUUCAAGGCAACCCAGCAAUUCCAGACACCGAUCCAACUAGAUGAACAGUAUCUAAAGUUUGGCUGUAACUCAAUCUGAACUGAACCUCUUUUCCUGGAUAAAGUCUAAAGGUACAUCCAUAAUUUCUAGUGAACCCUAAUACAGUUCUGAAAGGUUACUCUGUUGAUGAGUGCAGUUUUAUGUAGUAAGAUGCAGAUCUCAGUGUUUAAUUUUUUGGUAGAAAUUAGAGUGAAAAAAUUGUGUUACUUGCCUUGGGCUUGCUCGAAUAUUUACAAAAUUCUUCUUUUCUAGUCCAAAUAGCAGCAGCUAUGGGAGCCUUGUUUUAAUUUCUUCCUCUGCCCUUCUGUUCUACCGUCUCAAAUUACAAAGUGGGGAGGGAAUUGCAGGUGCCAUAUAACUUCUGUUCCCAACAAUUAAUGACUAGUUGGUUACUGUUCAGAGCAUUUAGUACAGGGUGUGUAUUCUGGAGAAAAUUGAAAUGUUUCUUUCUUUUUCCCUUUUUUUUAAGCAGUACCUAUUUAGACGUGCAAGUUGAACACCUGUUGCAUUACACCUUUUGCAUUUUUAUUGAAAUUUUGAAAUCAAACUUUGUCUUGAUUUUUUUGUUACAUUGAAUUCUGGGAAUUUUCCCUAAACACUUCUUGCCUUUUUUUUUUUCUUGAGGAAUGUAAAGGCUACAUCUUUUAAUUGUUUAAAAAAAAGAUAAUAACAAUAAAAUGAAAGCAGUAAUCACUACCACUUUACCAUUAAACAACCUGCAUUGUUUAAAAAAAAAAAAGAAUGCCUGGUUGUUUCAUCUGAUCGGUUUUGAAGUGGUUACUCUAGCCCCAGUGCUGGCUAUUGUAUUAUUCAGACUUGAGGACUUCAGGGCCUCAUCAUGGGGUGUCAGCUAUAUGACUCACAGAGGGACAUUCUGUGGAGAAAUAUUAUAAAGCUGGGAAGGACAAAAUUUGGCUACAGUUUGGCUAUAUGGGGUGAGUACCAGUGAGGAACUGAGGAUGGCACCAAAGUGGAGAGCCUGUGCAACUGGGAACAGGGGGUUGCCCUAGCCAGUAAAGGCAAGUUGACAGGAGGGGACAUUUCAUUUUCUUUUUGAGGACAGAAAAAGAGAAUGAAUGCUCUCUUGUACUUGGUGGAGAGGAGAAGUCUAGGGCACCUUCAUUUGGAGAAGUCUAAUCUCUUGGGGAUGUAAGAGAAGAUAAUAGGGCUAGAAAACAGGUUUGAGAACCAUAUGCAUCAAGGUGGCACUUGUACGCGUGGAAGUUGACAUCUUUCCUAAAGGCAGCCUCUUGAGGACUACAGCAAGAAAACUACAAGGACCUGUGAGUAUGCCACUUAUACUCUCCAUACUUGAGCCCCCUUUUCCCUGGAAUCUGGAUGUACUGGAGGGACAGUGUGAUAUAGAUUGGGAGGGGGGAGGGGAGGGAGUUGGGCGAGAUAUUUAUAACAACUGUUCAAGUCUCCCACCAUAAUCAGUACACCCUUUCUAAAAGCUAAACAGUUGAGGCUGACUAAUUGAUAUCAAUUGAUAAUCAUGGUGGGAGGGAAGAAGCACAUUGCUGGGGCUCUUGAGCUCAGCAGCCUUAGAAUGAUAUCCCUUAUCAGCUCAAGGCUAAGCUUAGAGCCAUAAGGGAAGGAAAAGGCCAGGCUCUGGUGACCUAGCUCCUCAUUUUGAGCGGGAGGGAGUUGGGAUAGUAGCCCCAGGAUAUCAGCUGUCUUUGGUCUCCCGGCCUUAGCACCGUGCCUGGCAAACAAGUGCUUCAUGAAUGCAUCUUGACUGUCAGUCUCAGCAACAACUAACUGCAUGUGGGAAAGCCACUGAAAGGGCCAUGACUGAAGGGGAACCUGUUCACUGGACCUACAGCAAGCAUUCAAGCUUCCUAGGCAGGAGAUUGGCUCAGGACAGUAACAAGACUUCAGUGCAGUAUUCCAGUCAUGCUCAAGCCUGGACGGAUAGCUUCACAAGCAGAAUGAAAGGAGAGCCUCCUGCAGUGGCCAGGCAAUUGAGACAGAAGGCCCAGGCUGACUCCGUAGUCAAGGCUGCAGCCUUCUCUUUGCAUUGUUUGGUUUUGCUUUGCUUCUCUCUAGUUGCUGUAAGGCACGGCCUCUUACGUCUUUUUGGUACCAUGGAUCCCUAGGGAGUUCUGCUGAAGCCUAGGGGCCCCCUUCUCAGAAUAAUGUUGUGAAAUGCAUCAGAUAAAUGUACAAGACUUACAAAGGAAAACAAUUCCAUUGCAAGAAAGAUGUAAACUAUUUUUUUCUUUUUUUAAAUAAGUUUUUAUUGAUGUUGUCUCUCUGUCUCGUCAUAGGUUUUCACAGUAACUUUCCUGCUUCCCUUCCAAAGAGCCAUGCCAUAUAACAAUUAGUAUUAUUUUAAAGAGAAAAAAAAAUAACAACUGAUGGAAACAUUGAAAAAGUCCAAAAACUUGUACAGUGUAUAAUAUCUGUGGACUUGCCACAUCCAUAACAGGAUGGC